GCCACCUAAACAAGAUCACGACCGCACAGCCUGCUUUUCCUAGUUACAAAGUAGGAGGCUAGUCGUCACCGGAGGCGAUAAAGAGGCCGUGAUUACACCGGAGAGAGGCCGGCAAUUGAAGAUUUCGGCAGCGAUGGCAGGGACGGGAGUCUUCAGUGAGAUCAUUGAAGGGGAGGUGUACAAGUACUACGCCGAGGGGGAGUGGCACAAGUCUAGCUCCGGGAAGUCAGUUCCGAUCAUUAAUCCGACCACACGGAAAACGGAAUACAAGGUUCAAGCAUGCACGCAGGAGGAGGUGAACAAGGUGAUGGAGGGGGCGAAGGCGGCUCAAAAGGCUUGGGCGAGGACGCCUCUGUGGAAGAGGGCGGAGCUGUUGCAUCGCGCGGCGGCGAUAUUGAAGGAUAACAAGGGGCCGAUAGCAGAGUGCCUUGUGAAGGAGAUCGCUAAACCUGCCAAGGACGCUGUCACUGAGGUGGUGCGCUCGGGGGAUCUGAUAUCAUAUACCGCGGAGGAGGGAGUGAGGAUUCUUGGCGAAGGUAAGUUUCUGGUCUCGGACAGUUUUCCUGGGAACGAGCGGAGCAAAUACUGCCUGACAUCGAAGGUAUUGACAUCGUAUUUUAUUUUCGACAAAAAUGGACUCUUAAAAUACUUCUUUCGUCUGGUUGUGAGAUCUCAAUAACUCCACUUGAGAUGCCUAGUUCUCGCUGAUGGUGGACCAUUUCACAUCAUGUUGAGUAAGCGACCAACUUUGUGGAACUACAUUGCUGUAAGUGAUAACGGUGCAGAUGGUAGGUGGUUUGACUACUGAGCUAAAUGUCUCAUGGAAGUCAAGUCAAGGGCGUUGGUGAAAGCUUUUGCUGAAAGUUAUGCUUUGAAACUACGAUAAAAUCAACAGGAAGACGUUUGAUCUUGUUAUCCAACAGAAUUUGGCAUACCAAGCAAGCUCAUCUUGAUUUGUUGGUUGGGACCUUUGGCUACCAACCAAGAAGUCUUGGGCUCGACUCUUGUGUAUGUUAUGUGUGUAUGAGUUUGCCUUAAUUGACCUAAAUACCAAAACAAAAUUGCAUUCCAACAGAGGGGACAAGCUCCCACAUGUCGUUAUGAACAAAAGGCAUCAAACUAUUUAGGCAUGGCUCAAAUUAUUGAGGAUCUUUGAUGGUUUAGGUGGUGGAGGUGGGUUCAAGCUCAGGAGAGAGGGUAAUUGGACAUGGAGGUUUAGUUUUAGUGUGGGUUUGUGGAUUUUGAUUUUAGAUCGGGAGAUAAUGGGGUGAUGGAUGGAAGUGCUAGGAGAGGUUGGAGCUUGGGGCAAUACAUUAUUGCUUGGGUUCUAUGGUGAGCUAAAGGAACAAUUUGAUCACUGUAGAUUGCCAAGAAUUGGCAGAUUGGCUUGGAGUAUGUUUCCGCUUUGGGCAAUGGAGAUAAAUUUGCCAACCAAUGGUAAAAAUUGGUGGGCAAGACAUGAUCAUUAGGAGGCAUAACUAGAGUUGGCAAGAGUGACACAUGAGGAAUAAUGAAGUGCUGAGAAAAAGGGGACCCAGGAGAAAUCCAUGAAUGUAGAGCUUCAGGAUUGGAGUAGAGAUAUGGUGAUAGAUUUGGAGGGGAAUAUAUUUUUGAUAAAUUUGGCAUGUCGGGAGGUGUAUAUUUGGUGAAACCAAUAAAAUUUUACAUUAAGAUUUCAAACUAAAAGUCUUAUCAUAAACAUAGUAAAACACAUAUACAAUAUCAUAAUACUAUAACAUAACAACUUACAAUUAAUAUUAAUUAAUAGAAGAAAUAUACAUAUGGGGCGAGAACCGUUGAUAGAGAAGAAGAGGUAGAAAAUUGAGACGAAAUAGUAGAGGGGAAGGGGAAAGGAGGCUAGAUCGCAAGCUAGAACAAACCCGGGGGUUUUAGAUUCCAAAAAUCAUCACACGUUCAUUCCUAAAAUUGCCACAAAACAACCUCAUUUAUAGGGGAAAAAAUAAUAAAUACAUGUAGUUAAUGCACCUCCUAAAUAGCCAAUAGGAACACCUGGAAAACUGUUGUAAACAUAGACCAAAGGGACAGCCUCUAAGGGGGAAAAAUGAAGCAUCCACAUAGCAUAAAGUGGGGUGGGGGGGAUUGAAGAAACAACACAGCUGUCAAAGAGGGAGAAACUGAAGCACCAAUGGGGGGAAAAUCGAAGCAUCCAGAUAGCAGCCAAGGGACUGCUUGAUUACAUCAAUUCUCCCCAGGUGGAGAAUCCUCAUCUCCUGAUGAGAUCGUCCGCAUAGAAGGUUUACUUUCACCAUCUGCAGAUUCCUUUGCAUCUUGAGGUGGAACUUCGGCCUGUUGAGUGUUUGACUUACCAU